AUGGCAGCCAUCUCUGCGCUCACAGUCCCAUCCACCCUCAAUCUCUCUCUCCCGAAACCUCAUACGACCUACCAGAUCCAAGUCUCGCUAGUAGGAUCGCUACAAUCCUACCAAGUCUCGCGCAGAUUUUCGCAAUUCGUCGAGUUGGAUAGAGAAAUCACAGAUGUCACAGGUCUUAAAGCGCCCAUCCCGCUACCACCAAAGACACUCUUCAGUCGUCCAGAUGUAGCGCAACGACAAAAAGCACUGGAGCAGUAUCUAUGUGGAUUACUUUCCCAUCCAUCUUUAUGCGCCUGUCUACCACUUCUCCACUUUCUAGACAUCUCUAGCGUAUCGACAGAGACAAACAAGCAUGCAUCAGCAGUUGCCGGCGCAGUCAGUGGAGGCGACUACUAUGACCUUCUUCGCACCGCAAAACUCGCAUUACAACGCGCAAAACAAGCACUGGCAACCGUCUCCUCCUCAACAUACCCAAGUGAUCGUGCAGCCUUCCACACGACACUCCAAACAGCUGAUCGGUGUCUUGCACAACUUGAACGGUGCAUUGAGCAUGAACGAGAGGUGUUGCAGGAUGUGGAGGUGUUGAAGCGACGGGAUGUGGUGGAUGCGCUGUUUCGUGAUUUGGCAGCACUCAAGGCAUCAGGUCUACAUCUCCGUGCGGGUGGUGGUGGGCCAAGUCAUACGCAACCUUCACCAUUCGCUAUCACUGGACAGGGAAAGCAAGGUGCGAGUGGUGGUGGUGGUGGUCGACGGUUAGGUCAAGCACCACAAGAAACAGAACGGACCGUUGGACAAUCGAAUGCUGCCUUGUUACAAUCACAAACACAAGUCAUGGCAGAUCAAGAGACACAACUUGCUGGAUUACUACCGUUGCUGCAACGACAAAGGGAGCUUGGCUUGGUGAUUGGGAAGGAGCUGGAUGAUCAGAAUGCAGCACUGGAUGAGCUUGCUGAUGCCACGGAUCAAGUGGGUGGUAAGAUUGCGAGGGGGAAGAAGCAGAUUACCAAAAUCACUGGCAAGAAGUGA